GCAAAGUGUACUUUAAAACCUAGGCUGUUCAGGUCCUUAAUCCAGCCUAAAAUAAUAUUACUAUAGAUCAAAAAGGCCAUUACCCAAUAUAUUCUUUGUAUUGCAUCAUGAGAACAUUUCCGCACCAACGCGAAUUGUAUUUGCAUAAGAAGAAGAAUCUGCUUGUCAUUCGUGUCGCUUCAUUUUAGCCGCAACAAUUUUUAUUGUUCCACUUCUGAAACUGUGGAAAAUAAAUCAAACGACAACUUAAUCUUAACGGGCCGUUCCUGUUUAUUAGCCGACAAAUUAUAACACACACCGUCAAAAUGCCAUCGCUGGAAGUUAGUGUAAACAAAGUCAUAGUUCAUCCUCUGGUCCUCUUGUCCGUGGUGGAUCACUUUAACCGCAUGGGCAAAAUAGGCAACCAGAAGCGCGUUGUAGGAGUCCUUCUAGGCUGCUGGCGCUCCAAAGGCGUGCUCGACGUUUCAAAUAGCUUCGCAGUGCCCUUCGACGAGGAUGACAAAGACAAAUCCGUGUGGUUUUUGGAUCAUGAUUAUCUGGAAAACAUGUAUGGAAUGUUCAAAAAGGUCAAUGCUCGCGAACGCGUGGUUGGCUGGUACCAUACUGGGCCGAAACUACAUCAAAAUGACAUUGCCAUUAAUGAACUUAUUCGGCGCUACUGUCCCAAUUCCGUGUUAGUGAUCAUUGAUGCGAAGCCUAAAGACUUAGGCCUGCCCACUGAAGCCUAUAUAUCUGUGGAGGAGGUGCACGAUGACGGUUCACCCACGAGCAAAACAUUUGAGCAUGUUCCCAGUGAGAUAGGUGCUGAGGAAGCCGAAGAAGUUGGAGUAGAGCACCUACUGCGAGACAUCAAGGAUACCACUGUUGGUAGUCUAUCGCAAAAGAUCACCAACCAGCUUAUGGGUCUCAAGGGGCUUAACGCACAACUGCGCGACAUCAAACAGUAUCUGCAGCGCGUACGUGAUGGCAAGAUGCCGAUCAACCAUCAGAUUGUGUACCAGCUGCAGGAUAUAUUUAAUUUGCUUCCGGACAUUACCAGCGAUCAGUUUACAGACACCAUGUACGUAAAGACUAACGACCAAAUGCUCGUCGUGUAUCUGGCUUCCAUGGUUCGCUCCAUUAUUGCGCUACAUAAUCUGAUUAACAACAAGCUGGCGAAUCGGGAUGCAGAAGAGGGCAAGAAGACUGGUGAUGUCGACAAGGAAGCGAAGGAUAAAAACAAGGAUGGCAAAGACAAAGAUAACAAAGAUACAAAAGAUAAGGAUGCCUCUAAGAAGGAGGAAAAGUCGGACAAGAGCAAGGACGACGGCGGUAAGAGCGGCAAGAAAUAGGAGCGAAAGAAAAAACGAAAACCACGUCGUAAGCGAAAGAAGCAGCCACCUCCGGAGCAGCAACAAUGAAUAAAACCACAACAAUAGCACAAGCUGCGACGAUCGCCGGCAAUAACAACAGCGGGUAUCAGAAAAUUAAUUGCAUUCACUGGGGAUUUUUGUUGCCAACUAAAUUUUGGCGGCAUUCAACUGCAUAUGUGGGCGGGAACAUGAACUGGCUUCAACAUAUUAAAUUGCAUAAUUCAUACAUUUAUGUAUACAAACAUUUCGCUAAAACAAGCUACUAAUUAACUGCAAGUUUAUGUAAUUAAAAUAUAAAUAAUUUAAAAUCGAAA